AUGAUCAACCGGCUGGAAGAAACUGGCCGGCCAAUAGAAAACAACGUGGUUGUUGCCGGCAUUGGCUGCAGCGGCAAUCUGGUUCAUCUGCUGGAGGGAGAGCAGCCCUACGGGUUCCACGGAAUCCACGGGCGAACGCUUCCGGUGGCGAUGGGCGUGAAGAUGGCGCGGCCCGAGCUGAAUGUGGUGGUGGUGGCCGGAGACGGCGACUUCCUGAGCAUCGGCGGCGAGCACAUCGCUCCGCAGGCGGCACGUAACCUGAACAUCACUGCGGUGAUUAUGGAUAAUGGCGUGUACGGGUUGACCAAAGGUCAGAGUUCGCCCACUACGCAAAUGGGCGCGGUUACGAGUAGUACGCCAUUCGGCAAGAUCGAGGAAGAACUGGAUCCGCUGGAGCUUUACCUGACGCUGGGUGUGUCUUUUAUCGCUUCGGGAUUUUCUGGGCAACCGCGUGUGCUGGCGGAUCUGAUCCAACAGGGAAUGAAUCACCAGGGAAUGUCGAUGAUUCACGUUCAGUCUCCCUGCGUGACCUACAACGAUACCUUCCAGUUGAUCAAGGGUAAUGCGAAAGAGGGUAUCGCUCCGUCGCUUUGGGAUGUUCCCGAAGACCACGACUCCAGCAGCAAACAGGCGGCCUACAACCUGGUGCAGCAAGGUGGUCUACCGGUGGGAGUCAUUUUUCAAGGAUGA